CCUCGCUCCAGAUCAAUGAAGUUGGCAGCCUUUGUCUCUGGCCUGGCCCUAGUGGCCUGUGCCCUGGCUCUGGAGAAUGGGCUCAUGCAGGCGCCCCCGAUGGGCUGGCUGGCGUGGGAGAGAUUUCGCUGCAACACUGACUGCAAGACGGACCCUGACAACUGCAUCAGCGAGAAGCUUUUCGUUGACAUGAUAGAUCGUCUAGCGGACGAUGGCUGGAAGGAGCUGGGCUACAUAUAUGUGAACAUAGAUGAUUGCUGGAUGGCGAAGAAGCGGGACACAACGGGGAAACUGAUCCCAGAUCCCGAGCGUUUUCCCAGUGGGAUCAAAGCCUUGGCGGAUUACGCGCACUCCCGGGGACUGAAGUUGGGCAUCUAUGGAGACAUGGGCAAUUACACAUGCGGUGGCUACCCAGGCACCACGCUGGACCGGGUCGAACAGGAUGCCCUGACCUUCGCGGAGUGGGGCGUGGACAUGCUGAAGCUGGAUGGCUGCUACUCAUCAGAAGACGAGCAGGCCCAGGGCUACCCUAAAAUGGCAAUGGCCUUGAAUGCAACAGGCCGUCCCAUUGCCUAUUCCUGCAGCUGGCCAGCCUAUCGGGGAGGGCUUCCACCCAAGGUGAACUACACCCUCCUGGCGAACAUCUGUAACCUCUGGCGUAACUAUGGUGACAUUCAGGACUCCUGGAGGAGUGUCCUUGACAUCGUGGACUGGUUUUCAGCAAAUCAGGAUGUGCUGCAGCCGGUGGCUGGCCCUGGCCACUGGAAUGACCCAGACAUGCUGAUCAUUGGAAACUUUGGCCUCAGCGAUGAACAGUCCCGAUCCCAGAUGGCCUUAUGGACGGUGCUGGCCGCCCCACUCUUCAUGUCCACAGACCUCCGCACCCUCUCCCGCAGCUCCAGGGAAAUCCUGCAGAACCGACUGAUGAUCAAAAUCAACCAGGACCCCUUGGGAAUCCAGGGGCGCAGAGUCCUUAGGGAGAAGUCUCAUAUUGAGGUGUUCCUGCGCCCGCUUUCCCACUCAGCCAGUGCCCUGGUCUUCCUCAGCCGGCGGACAGACAUGCCGUACCGCUACACCACCUCCCUCAGCAAGCUCAACUUCUCCGCCAGCGCCGUGUACGAGGCACAGGAUGUGUACAGCGGCGGGAUCAUCAGCGGCCUGAAGGCUGGAGAGAACUUCACUGUCAUCGUUAACCCCUCGGGCGUAGUCAUGUGGUACCUCUAUCCCACAAUGUACCUGGAUCAACCCUUGGACUUUGUCAGACAGCACCCCCAGGGGAGGGGCUUCCAUCCAUUUGCACUGUGA